AGAAUGAAUUUGAAGAUUUUUGUGUUCAAUUUGAUCGUGUUUACCGCAAAAUAUGCAGAAACAAGUAGCAAUAUUCCCAUACUAAGUCUUGAACAUAAAAAAGAUUCAAUUUUGGAGUUUCAAAACAGUUAUACAUUUAUACCAUUCAACAUUCUAAUGGGACAGAAUAAUGAUACAACUGAAUUUUGGAGGGAGACGGAGAUCUUGUCUUUGGUUAGAAAGAAAGAGACGAACAUUAACUAUGAUAAAUGCAAGACAAUCAAACGUCGUGAUAGUAAACUACAUAUUCCUUCUCGAAGACUCAUCAGGCCAAUCUGUAGAAGCACCAUAGAUUUUCAACAAUGUCCUCAAUGUCCACGCUUAACGAAUUUUACAGAAUGUGAGCUUUUUCGGGAUUCCUGCAAAGAGCGUAGAGUUCUUCCUUCGGAGUAUCAGACUUACUGCGAUCAAAAGUACGGUAAAUGGAGGACUAAAUUCUUCGCUGCUGAGUACAACCAGUGUCAGUGCUGUGAUGACUGUGUGUAUUACAGAGAGUUGGAUCAGUCGUGUGAGGCCGACGAGUAUAGUUUCGACACAGAUGAGCUUCUGCCGACAUCUACAAUUGAUUUUCGAGCGGGAUGUAACCCUUACUUGGAUCACCCCGAACAGGAGCUCAGAGCUCUUCGCUGUGACACCAUCUUCAGAAGAUGCGUACCUGCUUCAACAACUUCUUUACCAAAUGAAACAUUGUAUAGGCGGCAUAUCUAUCGUUUCGAGUCCAUAGUUGAUGUACCGGACUGUCCGAUCUCAUGUAGGGGAUUUGUAUGCCAGGACAGUUUUGUCAAGGAGCAAGAUUGUGUGCUCGGAUCAUUUCGUCCCGAUAAGACCCAGUGCAAUUGCUGUGGAAAAUGCAGUGCCUACUUCCAAUUGAAUCAAAAAUGCGCUGAGUUGAAAAAAACCGUUCAUAAAGUCAAUGGGAGCAAGGAAAUAGAGGUGGAGGAAGAAUUUCUAGAUCCGGGCUGUGAUGAUGGUUUGGUAUGCCGUGAUGGUGUAUGUCAGGAUAUACACAGGCUGGGUAUUUUAGCCAGCGGCAGGCGUGCUGCUGAAAAUAGUGUUUAUGAGCCAUGCAGAGAGGAGGUGAAGUAUUUCAUAAAGAAGUACGGCAAAGACGGUCACCUGCACUACGACGCUCCACAGUGCACGCCGCUUUGGCUGUAUGCUCCAGUGCAGUGUCGCCGGUUCGUCUGCUACUGUGCGUUGGAGGACGGGACGUUUGUGGAGGGAAUCAAGGUGCCCCGCGCCGAGGUGUCAAACAUGAAUUGCGACUGUGCCCGCGAGAGGUGUCGCACGGGUUCCGACAUGCCUUGCGACGGGUACGGGAACUACGUCGGGGUUCAGUUCUCGAUUGGAACAAGAGAUCUGUUUGUGGACGAAACGAAGUGAAUGAACAGGGACCAAAACGGAAUCAUCGGAAUAUUCGAGAUUUUUCUUCCCACAUUUUAU